AUAAAAGUCUCACCAUGUCUGGCAGAGCCCCAUUCGCCUUCACUAUGAGGGGAAUCAUACUUGCACUAGUGCUCACCCUCGUAGGUAGUCAGAAGUUYGAUAUUGACCCUGGAUUCAGUAGCAGAAAGAGCUACUUGUACAGUUAUGAGGGCGUGGUGUUGAAUGGGCUUCAAGAAAAGAAUUUAGCCAAAGCCGGYGUGCGCCUGAGCAGCAAACUGGAGAUCAGUGGGCUGUCGGAAAAUGUUUACCUCCUCAAGAUCCGCUCCCCACAGUUCGAGGAAUACAAUGGCAUCUGGCCCAAGGAUCCAUUCACUCGAUCUUCCAAAAUCACCCAGAUGGUUUCCUCAUGCCUUACCCGGCCCUUMAAGUUUGAAUACAGCAGUGGACGGGUUGGAAACAUUUAUGGCCCAGAAGACUGCCCUGAUACUUGCAUUAACAUAGUGAGAGGAAUACUGAACAUGAUUCAGUUAACCAUCAAGAAGGCACAGAAUGUCUAUGAGUUGCAAGAGGCUGGAAUCGGAGGUGUUUGCCAUACAAGGUACGUCAUCCAGGAAGACAGGAAGAACAGCCGAAUGUCUGCAACCAAAACUGUGGACCAGAAUAACUGCCAGGAAAAAGUGGUGAAGAGUCUUGGAAUGGCUUACAUCUACCCCUGCCCUGUUGAUGUGAUGAAGGAAAGGCUCAUCAAAGGGACCGCAGCUUUCUCCUACAAACUGAAGCAGACAGACAGCGGCACCCUGAUCACAGAGGUGGUGUCUCAGCAGGUGUACCAGAUCUCUCCACUCAGUGAACCCACYGGCGUCGCUGUCACGGAAGCAAAACAGCAGCUCACCUUGCUGGAAGUGAGGAGUGAACGGGGGAGCUCCCCAGACAUCUCCAUGAAGAACUACGGAGGUCUGCGUUACCAGUUCCCAGCAGCACUGCCACAGAUGUCAGUGCAGCUCAUCAAGACAAAAAACCCUGAGCAACGGAUAAUGGAAACCCUGCAACACAUAGUCCUGAACAACCAACAGGAUUUCCAUGAUGAUGUUCCAUACCGAUUCCUGGAGCUCGUCCAGCUCUGCCGCACAGCAAGCGCUGACACCCUUGAGUCCAUCUGGAGACAAUGCUCAGAUAAACCCCGCUACAGGCGAUGGCUGCUGAGUGCAGUUACUGCGACAGGCACCACAGAAGCGCUCAAGUUCAUUAAGAGCAGAAUCCGCAGCGAUGACCUGAGCUACCUUCAGGCUCUGCUAAGUGUUCCCCUUGCUCUCCAUUUGACAAAAGCUGAUGAGCACACUGUUCCAAUAGCAGCAGACUUAGUGACAAGUUCUCGAAUCCAGAAAAAUUCUGUGCUUCAACAACUUGCCAGCUUGGGAUAYAGUUCUGUGGUGAAUAGAUACUGUUCUCAGAUCUCAGCUUGUCCUAAAGAAGCCCUGCAGCCCAUCCAUGACCUGGCAGACGAUGCCAUCAGCAGGGGCCGUGAGGACAAAAUGAAAUUGGCUCUGAAGUGCAUYGGCAACAUGGGAGAACCAGCCAGCAUCAAGCGCAUCCUCAAGUUCCUUCCCAUGUUUUCAUCCAGUGCUUCUGACAUCCCUGUCCACAUUCAGAUUGAUGCCAUAAUGGCCUUGAGAAAAAUCGCUUGGAAGGACCGAAAAACAGUGCAGGGGUACCUCAUCCAGAUCCUGGCUGAUGAGUCUCUUCCCCCUGAAGUGAGGAUGAUGGCUUGUGCUGUUAUCUUUGAGACAAGGCCUGCCCUUCCCUUAAUAACAACCAUUGCCAAUGUGGCCAUGAAGGAGAGCAAUCUGCAGGUGGCCAGUUUUGUGUAUUCCCACAUGAAGGCUUUGUCCAAGAGCAGCCUGCCAUACACAUACAACAUAUCUUCAGCUUGCAAUAUUGCCCUUAAGCUGCUGGCACCCAAACUGGACAGGUUGAGCUAUCGCUACAGCAAGGUCAUAAGUAUUGGUGGUUACUUGGAUAACUACAAAAUUGGUGCUGCUGGAGAUGUCUUUGUUAUGAACAGCCCAGGAACGAUGUUCCCAUCAGCAAUAAUUUCCAAGCUGAUGGCAUAUUCUGCAGGGUCGGUGGCUGAUUUGGUGGAGGCUGGUGUCCGUGUGGAGGGCAUCACAGACGUCAUCAUGAAACGAAACAUCCCGUUUGCUGAAUAUCCCACAUACAAAAAGAUCAAGGAGAUUGGAAAAGCUCUGCUGGGAUGGAAGGAGCUGCCAACAGAAACCCCCUUGAUAUCAGCCUACUUCAARCUCUUUGGCCAAGAGCUGGCCUACAUCAACAUCAAUAAGGAAGUGCUGCAGCAGGCUGUGAAGACCGUUCUGGAGCCUGCUGACAGGAGCACRGUGCUGAAGAGGCUCUCUGGCCAUCUGCGCAGCGGCGUGGCGGGGCAGUGGACACAGCCCSUGUGGCUGGGAGAGCUGCGCUACAUCCUCCCCACCUGCACCGGGCUGCCCCUGGAAUACAGCUCCUACCUCACUGCCCUGGCCAGGGCUGCCAUCAGCGUUGAUGGGAAGAUAACUCCCCCUCUAAGUGGAGAUUUUAGACCCUCACAGCUGCUUGAAUCCACUGUGCAGAUUCGUUCUGACAUAAACCCCAGUUUAUACAUACAGAAAGUUGCAACAAUGGGUAUCAACACAGAAUAUUUCCAGCAAGCYGUGGAGAUUCAAGGCAAGGUCCUGGCAAGACUGCCAAUGAAGUUUGAUGCCAAGAUAGACAUGAAGCAGAAAAAUAUUAAGAUUGAAACAAAUCCAUGCCAUGAGGAAACUGAGAUAGUGGUCGGAAGACAUAAGGCUUUUGCUGUAUCAAGAAAUUUAGGAGAAUUAGGUGUUGAGAAGAGAACCUCAAUUCUGCCAGGAGAUGCUUCAUCAAAUAUUGUGGAAGAACCUUUCAAACCAUCGGAUAAAGCUUCCACUGAAGAUUUCCCAAAGCAAGAAGCUGACAGCACGUCAAGGAAACAUGCCUAUAGCUCUCAGGAGGAUCUUCGCCACCUCAUGGGGAGAAAAGCUCAUAAACGAGGCAUUUGCAUCAAACUGCAUCAUCUUGGGUGUCAGCUCUGCUUUUCCAGGAGGUCACGAGAUGCCAGUUUCCUAAAAAAUACCUAUUUGCACAGAUUAAUUGGAGAGCACGAAGCUAAAAUAGUCUUGAUCCCAGUUGAAACAGAUGCUGGURUUGACAAAAUUCAGCUGGAGAUUCAGGCAGGAUCCAGAGCAGCUUCCAAAAUAAUUCAUGAAGUAAAUGCAGAGUCUGAGGAAGAGGGUGAAUCAUCUCUGUACGACAACAUYCAAGCCAAACUGAAGAAGAUUCUMGGCAUUGAAAAUGUCUUCAAGGUUGCAAAUAAAACACGACACCAGAAGAAGCGACCUUCAAAGAAAGAAAACACUGUGCUGACAGAGCUUGGGGCAGACCCCAAUACCAAAMAUCCCUCCAGCUCAUCUUCUGCCUCCUCAGCUGCUUCCUCUUCCUCAUCAUCUGCUGAGUCUCCUCGUAAAGAGGCUGGUGGUGAAGAUGAGAAUGAUCAAGAAAAGCAAGCAAAAAGCAAGGAUGCAAGCAGCAAGAGCAGCAGCAGUAGUGGCAGAAGUAGCAAGAGCAGCAGCAGCAAGAGUAGCAACAGCAAGAACAGCAGCAGCAGCAGUGACAGAAGCAGCAAGAGCAGCAAGAGCAAGAGCAGUAAGAGCAGCAGCAGCGAGAGUAGCAACAGCAAGAGCAGCAGCAGCAGUGGCAAAAGUAGCAAGAGCAGUAGCAGCAGCAGCAGUGGCAGAAGCAGUAAAAGCAGCAGCAGCAACAAAAGUAGCAGGAGUAGCAGCAGCAGCAGUAGUGGCAGAAGCAGCAAGAGCAGCAGCAGCAGCAGUAGCAGCAGUGACAGGAGCAGCAAGAGCAGCAGCAGUAGUAGUAGCAGUAGGAGCAGCAGCAGUAAGAGCAGCAGUAGAAGUGGCAAGAGCAGUAGCAGCAGCAGUAGUAGCAGUAGAAGCAGCAGGAGCAGCAGCAGUAGCAGCAGCAGCAGCAGUAGAAGUGGCAAGAGCAGCAGCAGCAGCAGUAGUAGCAGUAGCAGUAGCAGCAGUAGUAGCAGUAGAAGCAGCAGCAGCAGCAGGAAGUCAUCGAGCCAUCAUAGCCAUGGGCAUCACUCAAAGCAUGUGAAUGGCAGCAGCAGCAGCAGCAGCAGCGAGUCACGGAGCCACCACAGCCAUGAACAUCAUUCAGGACACCUGGAAGGUGGCAGCAGCAGCAGCAGCAGCAGUGCAUAUUCCAAAACAUGGGAAGCCCAUGAGAUUUAUCAGUACCGCUUUAAAUCAGCRCACAGACAAGAGUUCCCAAAAAGAAAACUUGCAGAUGGCCAAAUCAGCAGCGAGCAUUCCUCUGCCAGAUCCAGUCGUGCCUCCUCUCGAGCUGCUUCAUGGCCCAAGUUUUUGGGAGAUGUUAAAGCACCAGUGUUAGCUGUUUUCCUGCAUGGCAUCCGUGAUGACAAGAAGGUAGGAGGUCUCCAGCUGGUGGUGUAUGCUGAUGUUGACUCCAUCAGGCCCCGGGUGCAGGUAUUUGUGUCCAACCUCACCGAUUCAAGCAAGUGGAAGCUCUGUGCUGAUGCUUCGGUCCUCAAUGCUCACAAGGCAGCGGCUUACCUGAAAUGGGGRCGGAAUUGCCAGGACUACAAGGUCUCGUCGGAGCUGGUAACGGGGCGGUUUGCUGCCCAYCCUGCUGUACAAGUGAAACUGGAGUGGCCCAAAGUUCCUUCCAGUGUCAGAUCCAUAGCAGAAUGGUUUUACAAGUUUGUCCCUGGGGCUGCAUUUAUGCUGGGGUUCUCUGAAAAAAUGGACAAGAAUCCUUCUCGACAAGCCAGGGUGAUCAUGGCUCUAACUUCUCCAAGGACAUGUGAUGUUGUUAUCAAGCUUCCUGAUAUUACCCUCUAUGAAAAAGCCAUGAGGCUCCCCCUGUCACUUCCUGUAGGUCCAAGGAUACCAGCUUCAGAGCUGCAGCCUCCCAUCUGGAACGUCUUUGCUGAAGCCCCUUCUGCAGUGCUCGAGCAUUUGAAAGCUCAAUGCUCARUUUCCUACGACAAGAUCACAACCUUUAAUGAAGUUCAGUUUAACUACACAAUGCCAGCAAACUGCUACCACAUCGUGGCUCAGGACUGCAGCUCUGACCUGAAGUUCCUGGUGAUGAUGAAGAAUGCAGAAGAAGCUGUGAACCUGAAAGCAAUCAACAUCAAGCUUGGCAAUCAUGAGGUGGACAUGCGCCCUGCGAGCGGCCGCCUGAAGCUGCUGGUGGAUGGGGCCGAGAGCCCGGCAAACGUUUCCUACACAUCUGCUGGUGCUACUCUGUGGAUCCACAGUGAAAAUCAAGGGCUUGUACUUCGYGCCCCAGCCUAUGGCAUUGAUAAAUUGUACUUUGAUGGAUACACAUUCAGGAUUCAAGCUGCUUUAUGGAUGGCAGGGAAAAUGUGUGGACUGUGUGGAAAAUAUGAUGCAGAAUGUGAACAGGAAUAUCGGAUGCCCAAUGGAUAUGUUGCUAAAAGUGCAGUGAGCUUUGGGCACUCUUGGAUUUUGGAAGAAAAGCCUUGUAGAGGAGCCUGCAAGCUGCGGCGCUCCUUUGUGAAGCUGGAGAAGACGGUUCAGCUCGCCGGCGUCGAGUCCAAGUGCUAUUCCACAGAGCCCGUGCUGCGCUGCAUGAAGGGCUGCUCUGCCACCAAGACUACUCCAGUCACUGUGGGCUUCCACUGUCUYCCUGCUGACUCAGCCACCAGCCUGACAGACAAGCAGACGAAGCUGGACCAGAAGUCAGAGGAUAUGAAGGACACUGUCGAUGCACACACAGCGUGUUCUUGUGAGCACGAAGACUGCACUGCGUGAAGCUCUAUGGGGGAAACAGCACGGGAGAAAACAGAAAUACUUUCAUGUUUUUAUUGUGUAAAAAACCUUGYCUUAAGGACUAAUAGAGAUAGUAAAUUAAGUACUUGAGGAUGUGUGGAAUCUUCCCAAGUAAUUUAAAGUAUUAAACGUUAUUAUUGUAGAAAUGUUAUGAUUGCACAUAAAGAUCUGAUUUCAUAAUAAAUCCAUGCAU